AUCUGCCAUCCUGCUAACGUGCGCCAACAAGAGGCUAACUGGGCUGAGGCUGUAUCAGAAUCAUGACCCCCAGAGAUAUUACCCUCAUCUGUCUUGUGCUCUGCCUAGGCAUGAAAAUUCAGGCACAAGAAGAGGAUUCUCCCAUUCCUAUCAUAUCUGCUGUACCCAGUUCUGUGAUUCCCUUGAAUGAGUCUGUGAAGAUCCUGUGCCAGGGAACUCCUCAGUCUUUCCUGUACCAACUGGAGAUCCUGGGAAACUCCACAAACAAGAUGGUGGAGGAAAAAUAUGGAUUUCAGAAGGAGGCUGAAUUCAUCAUUAACCACAUGGAUACAAAGACUGCAGGGCGCUAUCAGUGCCGAUACAGGAAAGCAUACAGAUGGUCAAAGUAUAGUGAAGCCCUGCAGCUGGUGGUGACAGGCUUGUACGACAAACCCUUCCUCUCUACUGACCAGGACUCUAAAGUGAUUCCAGGAGAGAAUAUUUCCCUCCAGUGUGGUUCACCACACACCCCAUUUGAUAGAUUUUCACUGACCACGGAGGGAGGAGCCACCUUGCCACAACACCAAGAUGAGGGACACCAAGGAAACUUCACUCUGGGUCCUGUGACCCCUGGCUUCUCAGGGAACUACAGGUGCUAUGGUUGGUAUAGUGACAACCCUUACGUGUGGUCAGCCCCCAGUGACACCCUGAAGCUUGUGGUCAAAGAUACCAUGAACCAAGACUACAAGUUGGAGAAUUUGAUCCGAGUGGGUGUGGCAGGGCUGGUCCUUGUGGCUCUCUUGGCCAUACUGGCUGAAAAUUGGCACAGCUGUAAGGUUCCUCACAAGGAAGACAGGCAAGAUUUGCCUGAAUGGAGCUAUGAUAAACAGAAAAUAAUCUGUGCUAUGCCUUCUAUACUCACUGUCCUGCUCUGCCUCGAGCUGUAUCUGAGCCAGAGGGUCAACGCCCAGAAGCGUACUCCCUCUAAACCUGUCAUCUGGGCCAAGCCUGAUGUCAUGAUUCCAAAGGGAAUGCCAGUGGUCAUCUGGUGUCAGGGCACUCACAAGACGGUUGAGUAUCAGCUGCAUUUCGAAGGACAACUUUCUGCUUCAGAGAGACCAAAAACACCUGGAAUGAUGAACAAAGUCAAGUUCCCCAUCCCGGCUAUGACCUCAAGCACUGCAGGGCAAUACAGGUGCUUCUAUCGAAGUGGGGAGCUGUGGUCAGAGCCUAGUGACCCUCUGGAUCUGGUGGUAACAGGAAUGUAUGACAUACCCACCCUCUCAGUUCAUCCCGGGCCUGAGGUGAUUUCAGGAGAGAAUGUGACCUUCUGUUGCCAUCUAGAGACUGCAACAACCACGUUCUUUCUGCUCAAGGAGGGAAGAUCCAGCCGCCCAUGGCGCAGAUAUGGGAAGGUCCAGGCGAAGUUCCCCAUGGGCCCUGUGACCACAGCCCACAGAGGGACAUACAGAUGUUUUGGUUCUUAUAACAACCAUGUGUGGUCUUUCCCUAGUGAGCCCGUGAAACUCCUGGUCACAGCAGAUGUCGGGGACCCCAGCCUUGUACCCACAGAGCACAUCUCUUCUCCUGAUUCAUGGGACCCUUACUUGUUAACCACAGAGAUGCAAUUCCAGGAAGAUCCUGCCCUCAGGAACUACGCUAUCCAGAAUCUCCUUCGGAUUGGUCUGGCUUUCCUGGUCCUGGUGGCCCUCGUGUGGCUCCUAGCUGAAGACUGGCUUCACAGAAAGAGGACUCAAGAGGGAACAAGCAGGGCUUCAAGUUUGGAAUGCAGGAGAAGGUUCAGAACACAAAGAUCCCUGGACAAAUGAUCAAGGGAUGCAGUGGCUGUAGGUAGAGCUGAAAGCUGAUCUUGACCUUGGGCUUGAGAGCUCUGUGUUGUCCCCAUGGAGAAGGGAGUCAUUGCAAGAAACUAAGGGACAACUGCAUGGAGUUUGGCAAAGCAUCCUGGAGGAGGAAAAAGGGGGGAUGAAGAUGCUAAAUUUCUUCUGUGGACAGAUCCCAUUUUCUCCUCUAGGUUCUAAGUAUCUUUGCGCCCUCUUACUGCAAACUAAACUUUUAGCCACUCCAGUUUUUCCUGAAAACAUCUUUAACAGCACGGCCAUGGAAUAUUUCCUUCCUAACCUGGUCUUUAUCCUUAUUUCCUCUUUGCUUUCUCUACAGAUGUCAUUCAAAAUAUUUAAUAACCAAUACAGAACAGGCAUUUGUCAAAUGCAACAGGAGCCAGAAAGGCAACAACCAGUCACUGGAGAUGCAGGCUAUAAACAAACAGUGCAGCUAUAUGAGUGUGUCCUGGCUGAUCUCACCCACCUCAGCCUCAACUUCCUCUAUCCCGUCCACCACAAGAUCCCGGCUUCACUCCUUUAUCCAUCUUGUUCUUCUGGUCUCUUAGUAGAUAUCAUCUCCUCCAAGAAAGUUUCCCAAGUCCUCCAGCUUGACUUAAGAUGACACUUUUAUACUCCCAAAACACCUGUUAUUUUUCUAUAACAGCACUUGAACCCUAAUGCUGCAUAUAUACCCAUUUUCCAGUCUAUACUGUGAACUCACGUGAAUUAAAUCUAUGUCAGAUUUCAUGGCCAUGUUCACAGUACCCAGUACUAAGAGAAUUCUCAGAAGAUAUAUGUUGGAUAAAUGGACAUACAAAUGGGACCAGAGUACAGUUUGAAACUUGAGCCUUCUGUUUAUGGUCUUUGAAAUGCUAUCUAAGCACCACAAGCUCUUUUCUCCUUGAGAAUUUCUACUUUACCAAUUCAUUAAUACACUUAUUAUAUGGAUUCCCACCCCCUCUCAAUAUCCUGACACCUCACAUAGGUUAAAUUCAUUCUCUAAAUCUGAGUUCUCUGUUAAAUACCAGAGAAUAAUAAUUCCAACCUCAAAGGGAUAACAUAAAGAUUUAGUGAUGUAAAGAUUUAAGAAACCCCAGAAGUUCUGACAUAUGUAAGUUACUCAAUGCAUAGUAACCGUUAUUAUUCCCAAUACCACAGGGAAAUGAAAAUUUCACCAAUUAUUACCUCAUUACCAGUGGCCCUAAUACUGAAUUUUCUACUUUCUGUUCUUCACCUACAAGUGUCCUGAGGUCUAAGAAUUUCUAAAUUAAUAUAAAAUUAUAGUCUUUUUCACAAGAUGAGAUGAGGGUGUUUAAAGUAUGUUUAUGAACUUCUAAAUAUUCCAUAUUCUAGCUUAUAGCAAGAAACGUAAAAUCUCAAGGAAAAAAUGUGUAAGGAGAAGUAUUUUAGGUCUCAAGAUAUAGACGCAGGGGCUUGACCUGGCAAUGAAGCCUGUUCAGAGGAAUGGAGGGGUCUUUACCACCCAUGGCCCUACUGGUCUCACCAGUCCAAGUCAAAAAUCUUCCAAACCUUGUCAACAGGGCAAGACCAGAUAUUUAACUAUUGCACUACUCUUCUUGAAAUAUUGAACAUGGCUUGUAUUGCAGACAUCAAAAUGAAGGACAAAGAGGAAGGAAGGGAAGGAGAGAGGGGGAACGGGGAGGGAGGAAAGCACUGGCCAAUUGUUUGUUACAAAGAUUUCUUGGAAGCACACAACACUUACAUUUAUUUCUCGAUGGUCAAAACCCAGUAGCUUGCCCCACCUAGAUGCAAAGAAGGUUGAGAUGUGUAGCCUUUAUUUCAGGUGGCUCUGUGCCAAGCUAGAAGUUGGUAUUUCUGGUACCAGUGAAGGGAGGAGUAAUGUAAUAGAGUUGUAAUAGGUAACUCCAAUCUCUGUUACAAGAGCUUACUAUGUGCCAGGCACUGUAGAAGUAUAACACACCAAGGCAAAUAUUAUCCCUGCCAUAGUAGGAUUGAUUGUUCAGGAGGACAGGUCUUAAAUAAGUGAGUAAAGAACAAGGGCUAAGUCUUGUGAUAGAGGAAAUCCAGGAUGCCAUGGGAGCCUCUUCCUGUGCCGGAUUCCAUUAACUAGACAUUGAGGAGGAUGUAGAGGUGGGGAAAGGGAUGAUGGUGGUAGGUGUCUGUACCAAUUCAUGAAAAUGCUCAGAUGUAAGAUGGAGGGUGAAAAACAUUCAUUAAAGCUUUGAUUGUGAGAGAAAGAGUGGCACUGAGUGAUGCUGGGAAAAUGCAGGAGACAGAUGAAGCAUGGCCAUGGAAGCCACAGUAAUAAAUGCAUGUUUUAUCCUUAAGGCGAAGGGAGCUCAUUAAGCAUUUUGACCAUGGAUGUGAAAGGAUGAGUUGUGCACUGUAUAAAGAUCCUUCUGAUUGCAGUGAGAAAAAUGAAAUCUGCAGAAGAAAACAAAAACAUAGGAAAAAAGAGAGAAGAGUUGAGAAUGGCUCAUCUUUUUCUAGAGUUGACAAUCAGGAAGAUAACGAUACCACAACUAAUAUUGGUAACCCAGAGGGAGGUCCAGGGUACAUGGUCUCAAGAUUUGAUGACAUAUAUUCUCCAACUUUGUCCCUAUUUUUCAAGAUUGCCUUGAUUAUUCUAGGUUCUUUAGAUUCCAUUGUUAACUUUAGGAUGUCAGUUUUCACAAAAUACCUGCCUGGGUUGCACAUGAGAUUGUAUUGAAGCCACAGAUGAAUUUAAAGAGAAUUAUUAUCUCUUCAGCCUUUUCAAUCUGGACAUUUCCAGCCAUAAUUGUGGUAUAUUUCACCAUUUAAUUACGUUUGCUAAUUUCUCUAAAUAAUAUCUUGUAGUCUUCUAUGCAGAAAAUGCACAUGUCUUUUGUUAGAUGUCUGCCAGACAUAUCAUCAGUUACAUCACCUCCAGGUAGAUCCCUAGUUACAUGACUUUUAUUUUGUAAGUGGUAUCAU